CAUUGCAUGCAUAUUAGAUCAUAUUAUAUGGCAAGUUCAUUAAAAGAAAACGUAUAAUUUUUUCGUGAAAAGAAUGUUAAAAAAUAUUAGUGAGAAAUGUCAAACGAAAGAGUCUAUCGACCAACAGUUUAUGGAGAUAAUUCAGUGUUAGUGCCACUUCAACGUCGAAGUUUAUAUCAAUCUCAAGAUAGUAUUGGACGUUAUUCAGAACGAACAAUACACUGGGACGUUGAUAUUGGGAAUGAUAAAACUGUUGGAAGUGGUUGUCAAUCAUGUUUAACACGCAUCCCGUAUGCGACUCUGAUCGCAACAAUUAUGUGCUUACUUGGAGUUGGAAUUUUCUGCGGGACGAUGUAUCGAGCUGCAACUCUUGCUGUCCUAAUGGCUGAUCAAGUAUUUCAUCUCCAUUUAAUAUGGCUGGAAGCUGUUCAAAUGGUAUUUGUUGUAAUUGGAGCAUCAAUGGCCGCUUUAGGAUUUAUGAUCUUAUGUGUUGGAUUUUUAGCAACAGGUGCCACACGCCACAGAAUUUACAGAGCUUGGCGCACCCGUGUAGGUGGGCGAAUUUCAUGCGCUGUGUUCAUGGCAAUCACGUAUUUGCUACAAAUUUUGUGGAUGUUUAUGUUUUGUUUCCUUGUAAUCGUAACAUUUAUAUUUACAAUGUUUUGGUCAAUGUGUACACUCCCAGAAGUACAAAGUUUACGAAAAUGUAUUGAUUUUCAACAAUUUAGUUUUAUGUUUCCGGCAAAUACACGGCCAGAUGACAUGCAAGUAUGUGGAUCACAAGAAGUUAAAUUAUUUUGUAAAGAUUAUGUAGAGAAAGCAGAGGUUAUGUUUAUUUUAGCAACUGUAGCUAGCAUGCUUGUUAUAUUAAGUUUGAUACACUAUUUAAUGUGCCUUUCUGCUAAUUACGCACAUAUUCGGGACCAUGAAAAAUUCCAGGAACUACAAGAAAUGCAAAUAUUAGCUGAACCAGAUUUGGCUGCAAGUAAAGAUCGUUUCUAGGAUACGGCCCAGGAGAUUUUUAGCGAUCAUUAAAGUUGGUAAUUCCAAUAAAAAACGACACUACACAGACAACGAAAAUAUAAAGUACAUUCCAAAACUGUAGUUAUAAUUAAAUUAUUCCAAGAAUCUCAGAUAUUAUCAACCUAUGAUUGAAUCCACCAUUAUGUGUUUACUGUGAAACAGAGAAUUUCGUGUGUUAGACGUGUAGUGUUAACAAAUGAUUCGCUGAAAUCUCCUGGAUUUUAUAUGAUUUAAUAAAAUGGCAUGUAAUCUUUAUUAAAUUAUGUAAAAUCAGUUACCUAGUUCAUAUUUUUUUUUAUAAAAAGUGCUUCGUACCAGUGUUGGACUGAGUAAUUCCACUACUCAAAUUUGAAUCAUUUCGUUCAAAUUUGUCAAAAUUCAUUGAAUGUUUAGGUAUGAUCACAUUAUAGGUGAGACGAUAUAACUUUUGAGAACGAUUUUUUUCGGGCAAGACAGAUCGAGAUGAGGUUUUUUGCAUUCUAUUCAGAAAGUCAAUUAUAUAAUUUGUGACCUAUUUCGAUUCUAUAUAAUCCAUGAAAUUUUUUUUUGCAUUGCUUGAAAAUAAUUAACGAAAUCGGUCAAAUUUUGUUUCUCUGUAGGUCAUGGUGACAUUUAUUUAUGUUAAUAUGGCGUUUAUAUGACUUGGUGAUGAAUGAUGAACUAGCUAUGAUCAAAAAAGCAAUAGUAUAAAAUUAAUCAUAAAAGACCAAAGAAUAAAUCAUUUUGAUAAAUUAUUUUAUAUAAAUCAAUUUCUAAUAUUAUUCAAAGUUACUCAGCCCAACACUAUUUACUAUUUUAUACAUAAAAACAAAAGACGUUAGUUUCAUUCUGUACUCUGUACAUUGAAGAAUUCCUUUUGUUUUGUUAUUCGUUUAAAUUUUUUUUUUGAAAAGUUGCAUUCAAUGCAUAUUUAUAUGUGGAGGACUUAUAAGUUUUUCGAUUUUGAUGUUUAAAUGGAAUCAUUGUGGCAAAAUUUGUU